GGGCUAUAAAAUUAAAAUUCUGAAACCAAGUUCACCGGCGACCUGGUCCCUGUUUUGCCAAUUCAACGAGAUAUGAAAUAAAUCAAAGGAAGGAAAGAAGCAAUUACCUGCAGUGUUUGACUCCCUCUCCCCGCAAAUCUCUUCAUAAGUUCCAUAAUCUUCCCUUUGAUUACUCAAAACUAAGCUUCUCCUCCCUUCUUUACCGUCAGUUUCUUGAUUUCUUUCACUAAUUCAUGGGCCAAGAAGUGCUCGGCGACGUCUCCCUGCUCGCCGACGGUGAUCCCAUGUCUGCCAAUCUCCAGAAAGACAAAGACAAGGAUACCAGCGCCGGAGAUUCGCCACCAAACGGGGAGUUACGUGUGAAGAAUCAUACCGAUGAGGCAGGGGAUAUGGAGCCGAGUCUUGAAACUGUCCUCCGUCCGCCUUCUCAUUUCCCUCAGCCGGAGGCGCCGGCAGGGCUGAUGAAGUCCCCCUCGACUGGCGGCGAAAACUACCUUCCCAUCAAUCGAUCGAUGUCAUUAACCUCUUCGACGGCCAUGGACAUGGCGUCUCUGGGAAAGUUUAUCCGAGACAGGGGAAAUAGUUUCUCUGCGGCGAUCGUUAAGCGGAUCUCGUCCCUAAAGGAAGGGGAUGAUAUGGCAAAAUCUGUGACGGAGUUCCAUCUCUCCGGCCUUAAGGUCACCGUGCGCCUCAAAGAUGAGGACGACGACGGGGAUUAUGGUGAUAUUAAGGGUCGAAUCAGCUUCUUCUCUCGCUCGGGAUGCCGAGACUGCGGUGCGGUUAGGUCGUUCUUCCGCUCGAAGGGGUUACCCUUCGUAGAAAUCAACGUGGAUGUGUUCACAGAAAGGGAGAAGGAGCUGGUUGAUCGGACAGGUGGUCUCGCAGUUCCGGCGAUCUUUUUCAACGAGAGGCUCGUCGGCGGAUUGGUGGCGCUGAAUUCUCUUAGAAAUAGCGGAGAGUUCGAGCGGAGGAUGAGGGAGAUGGCAGGGAAAAGGUGUCCUGAGAGCGCACCUAGGGUUCCGGUUUACGGAUUCGAUGACGAGGACGAGGCGAAGGAACGGCGAGAGGAUGCCAUGGUAGGGGUGAUUCGGGUUUUGCGGCAGCGUUUGCCGAUUCAGGAUCGGAUCGCGAAGAUGAAGCUCAUCAAGAACUGCUUCGGCGGAGCCGAUAUGGUCGAGGUCAUUACCAGCCAUCUCGAUUGCGGCCGGCAGAAGGCGGUAGAAAUCGGAGAAGAACUAGCGAGGAAGCACUUCAUACACCAUGCCUUCCGAGAUAACGAGUUCGAAGACAGUAACAGCCAGUUCUACCGCUUCCUUGAGCACGACCCAUCCAUCCCUAAAUGCUUCAACUUCCGGAUCACAACCAACGACGACGAACCCAAACCAGCCCUCGUUGUCAGCCACCGCCUCACCAAACUCAUGUCCGCCAUCCUCGAAGCAUACGCCUCCGAAGACCAAAGCCGCCUCGACUACAUUCGCAUUGGUUCCAGCGAGGAGUUUCGCAGAUACACGAAUGUUGCGCAGGACCUGCAGCGUGUGGACGUCUUCAGCCUUUCUACGGAGGAAAGAACAGCCUUCUUCCUCAACCUUUACAACGCAAUGGUCAUCCACGCCAAAAUAAGAAUCGGCCGCCCGGGAACUAUGGAUCGGAGAUCUUUCUUCAAUGACUUCCUGUAUAUUGUCGGCGGAUACCCAUACUCACUUUCGAUGAUUAAGGACGGCAUUCUUCGAUCAAAUCGCAGGCCUCCCUACUCAUUUGUUAGGCCUCUUAGCUCCUCCGACCGGCGCUUGGAGCUUGUGCUUCCCAAGGUGAAUCCUUUGAUACAUUUUGGACUCUGUAACGGGGCGCGGUCGAGUCCGAGGGUCCGUUUCUUCUCGGCCGAAGGGGUGGAAGUUGAGUUACGGCAUGCUGCCAGGGAGUUCUUCUCAGGCGGAGGAAUGGAGGUGGAUCUCGAAAAGAGAGUCGUUCAUCUCACCAGAAUCAUCAAGUGGUACUGUGCAGAUUUUGGACAGGACAAGGACAUUCUGAAUUGGCUUCUGGGCUACCUUGACGCAAACAAAACCGGGCUUUUAACACAUCUCCUGAACGAUGGAGGCCCGGUGAACAUUGUCUAUCAAAAUUUUGAUUGGUCCAUGAACUCUUAAAUUCCCAGCACGAUUUUAUGGUUCAAACAAGGUAAAUUUAAGAAAUUCAAUAUAGUUGUGAAACAAGAGUUUAUAACGCAACGAGGUAUUACCAUAUUUACUGCAUCGUCUUGAAGUAAGAUUUAGGAAGCGUUCACAAACUACAGGUAAAGUGGAUAUAAUGUGAUGCUUAUAGAAUUACGUCUAGUCUUCUAUGAGGAGUGGUUAAGGAGAUGAUUCUAUUUUUCUUCUUUUCUCCCUGGAAAUAUCAGUCUGCUGUCGAUUGUGCAUCUUGUUCUUUGUGAUAACAUGGACAAAGAUGUUUUAAGGGAG